AACACGUUCGAUGCCAUGACAACAUUGACGUCUCGGCGUAUCUCGCAUUAAAAGGCUCUUCGGAGGUACACACGUGGGGAGUGCGAACACUUUGCCCACCUCGCUGAAGGAUGGCGACUGAGGACGUGGAGCGACUGUUGAUCCAGUUUCAGGAUGAGAGCGGGGAGGUUCUGGGUUCACCGUUUGAUGUGCCUCUAGACAUCACCCCAGACAAACUACAGCUGGUCUGCAAUGCAUUGCUACAAAAGGAGGAGCCAGUGCCGCUGGCUUUUUUCGUGCGAGGAGAGGCCGAGGUGGUGUCCAAUCUAAGGUCAUGUGUCAAAGCCCUUGGAGUUGAGACUGAACAAGUUCUGCCAGUGGUGUACCAGCCUCAGGCCGUGUUCAGGGUCCGGGCUGUGGCCCGCUGCACCAGCACCCUGCAAGGACACACGGAGGCUGUCAUCUCCACUGCUUUCAGCCCCACCGGCAAAUACCUGGCCAGUGGUUCAGGUGAUACCACAGUGCGGUUUUGGGACUUGAACACGGAGACACCACAUCACACUGCCAGAGGACACACACACUGGGUACUCAGCAUCGCCUGGUCGCCUGAUGGCAAGAAGCUGGCCUCCGGGUGCAAGAACAGUCAGAUCUGUCUGUGGGAUCCAGCGACAGGUGCACAGGUGGGGAAGACUCUGACAGGACACACCAAGUGGAUCACGUGGCUCUGCUGGGAACCUCUCCAUCUUAACCCGGAGUGCCGGCACUUGGCCAGCAGCUCUAAGGAUGGCUCGAUACGUAUCUGGGACACUGUGCUGGGACGCUGCGAGAAGAUCCUCACCGGACACACUCAGUCCGUCACCUGCGUGAAGUGGGGAGGGGAUGGACUUCUGUACACGUCCUCCCAGGACAGGACGGUCAAAGUGUGGAGAGCGAAAGAUGGGGUCCAGUGCAGGACUCUGCAGGGUCACGCUCACUGGGUGAACACUCUAGCGCUCAGCACAGACUAUGUCCUGCGCACUGGAGCUUUUGAACCCGCAAGUGCCACUAUCAACCUCCAGGAUCUCACUGGAUCUUUGGAAGAGAUUAAGGAUAAAGCGCUGCAGAGAUAUAACACCGUUAGAGGUUCAGCUCCAGAGCGCUUAGUGUCAGGCUCAGAUGACUUCACCUUGUUCUUGUGGAACCCUGCAGAAGACAAGAAGCCUUUGGCCAGAAUGACCGGCCACAGCGCGCUGGUCAACGAAGUGCUCUUCUCUCCAGACACCAGGCUCCUUGCUUCUGCCUCAUUCGAUAAGUCCAUUAAAAUCUGGGAUGGACGCACCGGAAAGUACCUGAUGUCACUGCGUGGCCAUGUGGGGUCUGUGUAUCAAGUGGCAUGGUCUGCAGACAGCAGGCUGCUGGUCAGUGGAAGCAGCGACAGCACGCUUAAAGUGUGGGACAUUAAAACUGGAAAGCUGAACAUGGAUCUACCGGGACACGCUGACGAGGUUUAUGCGGUCGACUGGAGUCCUGAUGGCCAGAGAGUGGCCAGCGGCGGGAAAGACAAAUGUCUCCGAAUAUGGAGAAGAUAGCCACGUCUCUGUACUUACCCCUGAGUUUAACAGACAUUUGAAGAAGCCAGCUGACACAAAGGGUUGUCCUCAUUUUUUUUUUUUUUAUUUUUAGUGUCAACAGUGACACUGUUAUGAGAAGCUCAAGUCGCUUGAGGUGAGACCCGUGCUGGAAUAUUAACAAUGUAAGACUGUUAAGGGAUCAACACACUGAUCAGUGUGUUUCAGUAUUGGCAUCCAACCAUCUGAAGAAGGUGGGAAAAAUCAUGAAUUUGCACACAUCAGAAGCUCUGAUGUGACUUUAAUGAAUCCUUAUCAUGUCGUCAUGUAAAGACAAAGAUUAUACAGUUGUUAAAAUGCAACCUAAAACUAGAAUUCCUUUUAAGAGGCGGGGAGAUGAAAUUUAAUCGUGACUUAAAAGAUCUUAAAGAGUUAACGCCAGCACGUCGUGUCCCUUCCUUCACCUUAAGCCUUGCCGGGUGACGUACAUAAACGUAGGUGACAGGUGGGGCGGCGAGGCGGCAGGCAACAGGUGGGAGUGCUAAUGCCUUCCUCUGUGAUGUUAAUGCUGAGGUCGCUUGCCCCGCUCCUUCAGCCUUUAAUCUGCAAAGCCUCAACCUGCUGAUUGCUCAGCCUGUGCGAUGAAGCCAAGUGUCACCAGCUCAGAACCGCCUGGGCCACAGGUUCACCCUUCCAGCUGCACGAAUACAAACAUGAAUGGUUGUAUUUUACGUUGUGUAAAGAAUCCACUAUGGAUUAGUAGUGUAUUCCAUUGGUGGGAACCAGCAGCUACACUGGUAAAACUUUACAGUUUUAUCGAUCAGUCACUUCACCUGCAAUCAACAGAUUUGUGUUUAGGAAAUGUAAAUUGUAAGAAUAUAUGUAAUAGCAGUUUUUACUGUAUAAAUAAACAUUCAUUUUCAUG